AUGGAAGGGUUGGCUUCACUUUCAGUGAAAUCUGUGAUUCCCACUAGAUGUUUCAGCAUUCCCAGAAUCAAAGAGUAUCUUGUUGAUAUAGAGAAGAGAGAGGUCAAAGAAGGAGACGACCAUCACUUUCAGGACAAAAAACAAACUCUGCUCCUUAAACUCAUAGAACCUGAAUCAAGAAAGCAGAUUUCAAUAGUGGCACAUUUCGUUCAUGUUAAUAGCAUCAUCAAGGAAAUGCGCAAAUUCUAUGAUCUUAUCAACCUGAACAAUCCUUGUGGAACAAAACCACUCAAGAUUUCUGUAAUAAUGUCUGCUGAAUCAAGUAACGCCGUGAGAUCAAUAAAAGGCAUGAUUGCUCCAACUCCACCUCCCCCUCCCCUUCCCCCCACAAUUCCGGGCCUGACAGAUAUUACUAUAAACAAUCCGGCAAAACAGAGUUCAAAGGCGGCGGAGGGUUCCAGGAGGGGUUUCUAUUGGCCCCCUUCCGGAGUAGUAAAAUGCAAUGACUCCGUGAACUUAAAACAGCAAAAUGUGAUCCUAAUCAUGGCGAUGUUGACGGCGGCCACGACGUUCUUAGCCGCGUGCUCCUUUGCCGGCGUGGUUUCCCAGGACAGCGAAACGACGAGGGAUUAUUCGAGCCUCGCCGGCCCCUUCGUGCUGUUAAACUCCGCCGGGUUCAUAGCUUCCGUGGCGGUUAUCAUGUCGGUGCUGCAUCAGUUGCCACUGAAACCGUGGCCGCAGAUAUCAGUGUGUUCUUGGUUCGGAUCGUACAUGUGUUUGAUGAUGAAACUGUCGCCGCAUGAAGCUCUACUUUUGCUCUGUGUCUCUCUUCCGCUCCUUAUGCUUACGGCCAUGGGAAAGUUAAUCGGAUUCUCACAAUGAAGUUAGUCCAUAUAAAUUAGACUUCUACUACAUGGACAACCAAAUUUUACUUUCUAACCUCUCAUUAAAACUACAAAACAAUUAAGAACAAUUAUCAAACCGGUCACUGAAUGUAUUGCUUUUGUGCAGUUGGGACAUUGAACUUAAAAAGUAUGUAAUCAAACCAUCAAACAAUAAAAAAUGUGUGAUUGGGCAUUUUUAUGAUUGCUUUUAAUGCAAUUUAAGUUGAAAACUUUUAAAUCUUUUAUCUCAACAAGUAUGAUAGGAGAAAUGACAAUUUUUAGUAUAUACCAUGUAAAUAAUAGUUAAUAUCACUUCUUCGCAUCACCCAUACGAGGCUUAAAAAUGAAAGUGGUGUAUAGUAAUUGAUUAUGGUGAAUUAGUUGAUUAUACUAUAAUCUAAUCAUUCAACAACUAAAAAGAUCACACGAAAAUGCUGUUCAAAAACUAAUAGAACACUUGAAACCACCAUCAUACACAAAUCACUUUAUUUACCGCAGUGUGUCAAAUUAUAUCAAUUCAAUAUAUCAACAACAAAAGGAACAAAUAAUGAUGAAAGAAACCCAAAGCCCCAUCAAGAAAAAUCAAUACAAAUUCACCUUAAGUUACAGCAAAAUGUGUCUACAUAAAAAACAACUAAAAUAAUUAAUAAUAAAAACACACAAGCCUCUAUCAAGAAAAAUCCAUAACAAUCCACCUUUGAUAUAAAGCACAGUUCAUAAAAAUACAAUUCAAUAUAUCCAAAAAUGAAAAACUUAACACAAGCCCAAACCAAAAAAAUCAAAUAAGGAUUCACGUUACAUUGAAGCAUA